AUGGGAUUUGAACAACAAACCGACGUGCUAUUAUUCAGUCAGCGAAACGCAGGUCGACCCGUCUGGUCGAAUAAGGUGAACAGACGGGCCUCGUCAUCGCUUCCACGCACAAGGGGAAUCGUCGACACCAUCCGUUUACGUGGCAAAGCUCCACCACACCACUUUAACGGGGAAAGCGUUGGAGACGACAACGCCUUUUAUAAAGACUUAAUUGACCCUGGAGUCCAAGAUAUCAAAGACAAGAUCCACGAACAAAUCCUAUUCAUCCACACUACUGGCGACCUGAGCCAGGAGAAACGUCCGAGGAUAAAGUUGCGUCGCCAGCUGAAACGGGAUCGUGAGAAUGAGUGGGCCUCAAGAGAGGAGUUUGAAAAGGCAUGGGAGGCAAGGACCGGAGAAGUCCUUAUGCUCUACUAA